CUUGUGCGAACCGAGCAGAUCUGAUGAGUUAGCUGGUUGCCAUGGUGAGGGGGCCGUGUCACGUGGCCAGGGUGCUGCUCCAGGCGGUUUGACGUCAGCAGGCAGGCAGGCAAGGGGAGAGCGAGCGCGAGCAGCGAGCCGCUGUGGCAAAGCAGCAGAGCAGCCCCGGCGCAGCCUCUCCGCCGACCUUCCGCGCGCGAGCCAGCCAGCGAGCCAGGCAGGCAGCCGUGUGGGGGUGGGAGCGCGCGCCAAUGCCGGGACCGACCCAAACGCUGUCCCCAAAUGGCGAGAACAACAACGACAUCCUGCAGGAUAACGGCACCAUCAUCCCCUUCAGGAAGCACACGGUGCGCGGGGAGCGUUCCUACAGUUGGGGAAUGGCGGUCAACGUGUAUUCUACCUCUAUAACCCAAGAGACUAUGAGCAGACAUGACAUCAUUGCAUGGGUUAAUGACAUAGUAGCUUUAAACUACACAAAAGUCGAACAACUUUGUUCAGGAGCAGCUUACUGCCAGUUCAUGGACAUGUUGUUCCCAGGGUGCAUUAGCUUGAAGAAAGUAAAAUUUCAGGCAAAGCUGGAGCACGAGUACAUUCACAAUUUCAAACUUCUGCAAGCAUCAUUUAAAAGAAUGAAUGUGGAUAAGGUGAUUCCAGUGGAGAAAUUGGUGAAAGGGCGCUUUCAAGACAACUUAGAUUUUAUCCAAUGGUUUAAGAAGUUCUUUGAUGCCAACUAUGACGGUAAAGAGUAUGAUCCUGUCGUGGCUCGACAAGGCCAAGAUGCUCUUCCCCCACCAGAUCCCGGUGAACAGAUCUUUAACUUACCAAAAAAGUCCCAUCAUGCAAACUCCCCCACUGCAGGUGCUGCUAAAUCCAGUCCAGUUUCUAAACCAGGGUCCACACCUUCUCGUCCAUCGUCAGCAAAAAAAGCCACACCAAGCAGCUCAGCAUCCAAAUCAGAUAAAGAUUUGGAAACACAAGUCAUACAACUCAGUGAACAGGUACAUACAUUAAAACUUGCACUCGAAGGUGUGGAGAAGGAAAGGGAUUUCUACUUUGGAAAAUUAAGGGAGAUUGAACUUCUCUGCCAAGAACAUGGGCAAGAAAAUAAUGACCUUGUCCAAAGGCUAAUGGAAGUCCUUUAUGCUUCAGAAGAACAUGAGAGCCACGCAGACGAGCAUGAAGGCGAGGAGCAGGUCCAUGAACAGCCCCAGCCGCAGGAAGAAUACUGACCUGUCCAACAUCUUUGACAGUUUUCAUUCUGUGUGGGAACUUUCUUCUGGAGAAAGGAACAUGUGUGGCCUCAAACUCGAAACCAGUCACUCCCAGUCUGCCAUUAACAUUUAUGUACCAUAGCGAGUGCCAGCAAACCACUGCAUUCUGUACCCAUAUUUUGCCAAGAUGCAUUUGCAGAAGUCUUCUUUCAGUGUGUCUACCUGAGAGGUCGUAGGGCUACAUCACCUACUGUACAUCACUGCAACUUCACCACUUGGCUGCUUGAGAUUUGUUCCGCUUUUUAAAAAAUAUAGAUAUUUAUUUUUUCUUUUUGUCUUAAGUAUGAUACAUUUGUAAUUUGUUCUAAAAUGUUUAUAUUGGCAUCUCUUGUGGCAAGAAGUAUUGUACCACAGAUGUGUUUGUCACUUGGUGGUGCUUUGGUAUUUUCAAGUACAUCUGCCUCGGGGCAUAAAUUUGGUCAAACAAUUGGAACAAAGGGAUACAUUAGAAGUCAUACUCAAGCUAUAAUGAUGAGGUGUGUGUUGUGGAGGGAAAAGGCUUAUGUGACCCAUAUCGUUCCUAUCCUGUAUUCACAAAACAGAAAGCAAAGCAACAGUUUCCCUAAUAAAGAUUUAAAACCCCCUGAGUGUUUUACACCAAAGCAUGUUAGAAAGCUGCACGAUAUGUUUUUAUUUCUGGAAGAUACAUGUCUACUUAACUGUUGGAAAGUCCUCUGAAUUUCCUGACUUUUCAACAGAAGCUUUCCCUGCUGCUUUCUUUUGAAGGACCUGUAUUUAUUAGAAAUUUUGUCGCUGCCUCCAGCUCCGUGCUGAUUCGGAAGACAACAAUCUCCUCUCUCUUGCAGCUGCAGAAUGCCAUCUCUGAUCUUGUGUUCUGCCUGCCACCCCUACA